GCGUAAUUGACAGAAAUGUUGAAAAAACUUUGCAUCGUAUCUUUACAGCAGUCUGAUGCGGGAGUUUAUCAGUGUCGGUUGGAGGAUACAGCUUCAGCGCCAUACUUUGUGCAUGUUGCUAGCGUAAAAGCGGAAAAAACGCGUCUCGUUUUUUCGUUGUGGAGCCCUUGGUCAUCUUGUUCAACAUGCGGCAAGGUUGGUCAAAGAAUUCGAUAUGGCUACUGCACCAUUUCAUUGAUCAAUAGUAAGGAACAGAUUGAUGAAAAUUAUGAACGCGACUCUGGAGAAACGGAGAUGGAAAAACGUAGUGAGAAAGGCGAAAUGAGUAGCGAGGUCGAGAAACAUAACGGAAAACGUUCGGAAGACCAGGCAAAUACGGAGACGGCAAAUGAAACGACAACAAAUAGGUUCGAGGAGACAUCGACUUUAGGUGGCACAUAUGAAGCCGAAGAAGCGGAAGAUCAGAAAUCACCGGAGGAAUUGAAAAUACUCGCCGAAAGUGUAUUGCGUGUAUAUCGGAACAGACUCCCAUGUCGUUCGCCCCAAACGCCUAAAGAUAUUCAGAACAUUAAACAAAUCCGUUCAAGAAAAACAGAAAUUAUGAAAGGUCUUUGCAAGAUAAAAUGUCUAAAAGAUACAGUAUUCGAGAUUCGUGACAAGUCUGGAAAUAUUAUUGAAAGUGCGAACAAUAGUGCUGGAGUAUUUUCAAUGCUGCAAGGGUUGCCAGAGCCUCGUCCUGCGAUUGAGCGCACUACGUUGUAUCGUAAACAUGGAAAAUCUACGGAACUCGUAUGUCCAGGGAACUUGAAUGAGGAUAUUCCUGUCAUUUGGCAAAUUGGAACGAAAGUUCUGGUUCCUUCGGAAAUUGAAAAAACAACGCAAGGGCGUAUCACGAUGGAUGCACAGAGAAGAAUAGUCAUUAAAAAGUUACGUUUCGUUGACGCGAAUAUUUACAGCUGUUGGCAAAGAGGCGAACUUGCCGGAACAAUAAGGUUGCAAGUAACGACCGAAGUGGAGUUGAAAGUUGAUCAUCGAAUAUUCAUGAUCGGGGCUAUCGUCAUAGUGACUGUUUUGUUGAGGAUUUUCUGGAAAGCUUUUAGAGGGCGAAAACGAUUCACUAUUCAUUGAACCAUUAAAUAAUUCGAUUUUUAGCGAAGAAAAUAUUUACGCUACCCCUUGGAAACGAUAUCAAUUUUUUUGCCCCACUAAGAUAUAAACAUCUUCAUGGUAAAAGCCACGACACCUUUGAAGUCGUUGACAAAAAUCAAGAAUACCGAAUGUAGAACAUUACUAUAGAGUGCCUAAAAAUCUGGGGGUUUCUUUUUGUACAUUUGUCGUAUUUCUUCGAAUGUAUAAGUUUUCGACCUCGAUAUAUAAAAUUGAAAAAAAAAAAAAUACAAUUUUCUCACCACAAC